AUGGCGGAAAUAUCUUCAUCAACAACAACAUCAGCACCACAUUUAAGUAGUCUAUUUGUACGUGAUCGUUAUUCUUCGUCCACGUUUCAACGUUUCUUACUUUAUUCAUAUAUUCCAUUUGGCAUAUUGCUGUUUUGUUUACGUGUUAUUAUUGGUGUACAUAUUUUCCUUACUGCAUGUAUCCUACGCAAAACAAUGUUACUAAGGUGUACGGUAUUACGGGUUAUGUCAUGUUUGCUGGGCUUAGUAGUAUUAAGCGGUGGACCAGCUCGAGAUUGGGAUCAUAAAACACAUAUGCUAAUUGCGAACCAUAUUUCGACCCUUGAUCACUUGGCUAUUGAUUUAAUUGAACCUUGCAUAUUACCUUCUGUUUGGGAUAUACCGAGCAUUUUACGUUGGUGCUUAGGAUACAGAGAUUUGGGAGCUCGUCAAGGACGUGCGGAGCUUAUUCGUCGUUCAAAAAUCUUUUGCGAAAAGAAUACUUUGCCUCUUCUCACCUUUCCAGAAGGAGCAAUGACGAGUGGUUCCACUGGUCUUCUCAAAUUUAGUACUUGGCCAUUCGAAGUGUCUGAUUCAGUCCAGCCUGUGUUGAUAUCAAUAUAUCGCCCAUUUUUCGGCAAUAUUGCAGUAUCAGUUUUGGGUGGCGCAUGGUGGCAAGAUGUUUUCUAUUUUCUGUUUGUGCCGUUUACUGUCAUGAAAAUACGUUGGCUUCAUCCUUUGCAUCGUAGGAAGAGUUCAGAAUCAAAUAAACCAAGCGAAACAACUGAAGAGUUCACGAAACGGGUUGCAGACAUUAUGGCCGCCAAAUUAGGUAUUGCUGCUACUUCGUUUACUUCUCAAGAUGCAGUUGAGGAAGCGAAACGACAUCUUGAAGGAAGGCAACGGUCAUUUCUAAACAUAAGAUUGAAUAAUGAUUCUCUGAGGAAAAAUCGAUCUUGGCAGAGCGUAAAGAGUAUAACUGAAUAUCUUGAUUCAUUGACAAUGAAAAUCAAACAAGCUUUUCCAGCAGUUCCACUUCUCGCAAUAAGAGAAGAUCUGGAACAAACUCAAGAUGGUAAUGCAACAUGUGAACGUAUAACAACGGGAAAAGUAAAAUUGAAUCCAUUGGGCGAUGAUGAUUUAUUGCCGGGAACUAAUCCACAACAAUGGUCAAAAGUGUACAGUCGUCGAAAGUGGAAUCUUAUUGAAACAAAUCGUGCUAAAUAUUUGAAACGAAUUAACGAAAAAUUAUCUGUUGAACAGUUAAAACAUGAAACUAAUUCAUGA